GGCGGUGCCGGCGGCGAGCGGCGGGCACGGAGCUGAGGAUGCUGCUGCUGCUGCUGCUGCCGCCGCUGCCUUUACCUCUCCUGCUGCCCCUGCUGCUGCUGCCGGCUCCGGCCGAGGGGCAGCGGGCGGCGGAGCUGCGGCUGGGGCUCCGGGGCAGCCCCCGAGCGGAGGUGAGCCCGGCUUUCCUCUCGCUCACCCUGGACGCCAGCCUCGCCCGCGACCCGCGCUAUGUCGCCCUGCUCAGCAAUUCCAAACUGCGUGCCCUGGCAACAGCCCUGUCUCCAGGUUUCCUGAGGUUUGGUGGCACUGAGACAGAUUUUCUUAUCUUUGAUCCCAACAAGGAUUCAACUUCAGAAGAAAAAAUCCUCUGGGAACUUGAGGCACAGCAAGAGGCUUGUGGCUCGAGGUCUGCAUUUGCUGCUGUUGGGAAGGUGCUGCUGGCCCAAUGGCCCAGCCAGGAGAAGCUGAUUCUUGCUGAACAGAACAGGAAAAAGCACAAAAACACCACCAUUACAAAAAAUACACUGGAUAUUCUCUACAGCUUUGCAAACUGCUCAGGGUUUCACCUGAUCUUUGGACUCAAUGCCCUGCUGAGGAAAGCUGGCUUGCAGUGGGACAGUUCAAAUGCCCAGGCACUGCUGGACUACUGUGCUUCCCAGAGGUACAACAUCUCCUGGGAGCUUGGCAAUGAGCCCAACAGCUUCAGGAAGAAAUCUGGCAUCCACAUUGAUGGCUUCCAGCUGGGGCAAGAUUUUAUUCACCUGCGCCAGCUGCUGAAUAACUACGCCCUGUACCAGCACGCCAAGCUCUACGGCCCCGACGUUGGGCAGCCCCGAAAGCACACACAGAAACUGCUGAGAAGCUUCCUGAAAUCAGGAGGGAAGGUCAUCGACUCUGUCACAUGGCACCAUUACUAUGUGAAUGGAAGGAGUGCAACAAGAGGGGAUUUCCUGAGCCCUGAAGUGCUGGAUACCUUUGCCACAGCCAUAUAUGAAGUCCUGGAGAUUGUUGGUCAGACUGUGCCAGACAAGAAGGUGUGGCUGGGAGAGACGAGUUCUGCCUAUGGAGGAGGAGCUCCCAGAUUGUCUAACUCUUAUGUUGCUGGCUUCAUGUGGUUGGACAAACUCGGGCUUUCAGCCAGGCAGGGGAUUGAUGUGGUGAUGAGGCAGGUUUUCUUCGGGGCAGGGACCUACCACCUGGUGGAUGCCAACUUCGAGCCUUUGCCGGACUACUGGCUCUCCCUGCUCUACAAGAAGCUGGUGGGUACCAAGGUGCUGCAGGUUGGCCUGGCAGGAGCCGACAAGAGGAAGCUCCGUGUUUACCUCCACUGCACCAACAGCCUCAACCCAAAAUACAGAGAAGGGGAUGUGACGCUGUUUGCCUUAAACCUCUACAAUGUUACCCAACAUUUGCAGCUACCAGAACACCUAUUGAGCAAGCACGUGGAUCAGUACCUCUUACUGCCACAUGGCAAAGAGAAUAUUCUUUCCAGGUCUAUUGAGCUGAACGGCCGUGUGCUACGGAUGCUGGAUGAUGAAACACUGCCAGAGCUUAUGGAAAAGCCCCUUGGUCCUGGCAGCCUGCUUGGCCUUCCAGCCUUCUCCUAUGGCUUUUAUGUUAUCAAAAAUGCCAAAGCUAUUGUUUGCAUUUAAGUGGUCGACACAUGCACUCAGGAUAAAUGCAAAGCAUUUGGCUAGCAGGGAAUUCUAGUCCUAGAAAUUCACAUUUCUACCACGGGAUUUAAUUCUGGUAAGGCGUGCAAAUGUUGCAGCAUUGUGAGUACAGCUAGUGAGCUGGGGAAGACAUAAGGUCCCACUGGGUAACUGGUACGUGAAAGAUCCCAGGAGAACCAUCCAGGUAGAACAAGACCAGGGGCUGGUUUUGCUCUUGAUCCAGCCUGUCACUGAGCUUGAGCAUGGAACCCUUCUCCGCACCACACAGGGAGCUUCUCAUACUGCCUGGGCCUCUGCCAACCCUGGCACUACAACCUCCCCUCUCCCUCUCAUUUCUGCAAGCCCAGCUCCUAAAGCAAUUUCUUCAAAAGCUUGUCUUCAGAAAGGAUGAGCUGAGUUUUAUUUGAGCUGUACAGCUGUGACUUCACACCAUGUGAGGAAGCCUGAGAAGGGGUUGUGGUGGUUGAGGGUAUCUUGGGGUGGAAAAUGUGGACACACAAAGCAAACCAAGGUCAGAGUGCUUACAGGGGCAAAGGCCUUGCAGAGAAACCAGAUCCUCUAUCAGAUUUGGGGAAAUGACACAUUUUUCUCAAGCUAAGAGUGCUCAGUCACAAGAUGGAGCUGUGGCUCUGUGCUUUCCUAAGGUGAGUUGUUGAUGCAGGAAAUGCAAAUGCAGGCUGUUCCUGUAGGGUGGUCUGCCUCUGCCAUCACACACUUCAUCCCUGCAAGGAAAGGAGAGGAGCCCACGAAGCCCUCUAUACCCAGGGGGCUGCACAGUGAGUGCUCAUGACUCCUCAACCUGCACCACCCUGCAGGCAGCCCAGCUGGAAAGGACUUCCCUGAACCUAUGCACAGAUAAAGCUCUCUUUACACUCCCUGAGGCACUCAGCUCUCUUCUGUCCUCGGGGAAAUGGGAUAGGAAAGAGGCUGAGGAAACCACUCACCCUCAGCCACCAGAGGGACAUCAAUGGCCUUAGGGCAUCCUGGGGACAGAACAGCCCAGCCAGGCUGACAUCCCUCCUACUGAGAAAACUGUGAUUUUGGACAGAAAUCCAAAGUCCACCAGUGUUGGUGGUGGCUUUUCUCCCCAGCUGUGCCUUCCCCAUGCACACCCUGUUGCAGUUGGCUGUGCCAGCAAUAGCUCCCUGUGGCACACAGGCUGCUGGUCCUCAGGGCAACAAAAAGCCUCAGACAGUAGCUGGGGCCUCCUGCAUAUAUUUAUUUGCAUCUACUUUUUUUUCAAGGUAUGUAACCGUAUGUAACCCACACCACUCUCAAUGCCUUAUGAUAUUUUUAUGAGCAUAGCAGGGAAGAACAGCCCCACACCAAUGUAUUUCCCUUUUUUAGCUUUAAAAAGAUGCUACCAACUACAUGGGGUUUAAAGCAGGGCAGGGAACCUUUUUUGAUGAGAGGAUUUUCAAAACUGAGGUACUUUUGUAGCUGUGAUGAAAACCUGCACACUAAAAAGGUUAUAUUUGAAUUCAGUGUGCCAAAGGAGUGUGCAUCCACGGAGCAGAUGCAUUCUGUGAAGGGUUAUGUAUCAGGGGAUGACACAGAUCAGAAAUGGGGGAGGCUGAGUUUGUUUACAUUGUCCAAGUUCUAUAAGAGGAGUAAAGAGAGUGUAAGAUGGGAAGUCCUAUUUACAGUCAACGUAAAGUUAAUAACAUAUUAUUACUAUAAAAAUGUAAGUUAUAACUAAAAUAUUAAAGUUAUUAUUUGCCUGGUAGCUUCUUUUUAGAACUUUUCUAAAAAUUUUGUUCCAAUGCUUGUGAGUUUUGUAUUUGAAAAUUUUAAUUAAAGCAAUUUAUACCAA